GAUUAGUCGUUUUUCGUUAGAGAGCUUGCUGUUCGCAUUUACCCGCCUGCUCGCGCGUAGAAAAGUUGUUACUUAAUUUUCAUUGCUGCCACACGUGCUUGAUUAUUAAUUGCAGUGCGCUCGCUAAUCAGUAGCUUGUCAGCUGGGCAGACCACAAAAAAACGAAGGCAAUUAUUCAGGCUGCCCUUUCAGUUCGGCAUUACAUAAGAAACGAAUGGCCAAACGAAAAUAAUUUUGAAGCAAUUUCGGAGCUAAUUAUUGCAUCAGCAAUUCUGAACAGCAGAUACACAAGAAGGGCAGCAAUUUGGCCAACAAAGCCUUCAUAAACGACAACAAACGAGUGAAAAUAUGAGCUGGGCAACAACAAAGCAAAGGCACAAAUGUUUCAACUGUAGCAGCGGCAGCAACAACAACAACCGGAGCAGCGGCAGCGACAGCAGCAACAACAACAACUGUGCGCCUAGCAACAAGAUAAUUUCGACGAGCGAUUUCCUUUGAUUUGCGCCCAUCUGUGUCGAAAGCAGCCGAAAAGCCAAAGAGUGUAAAUAGCACGUAGUUUUAGUACAAUUCACAGUAGCAAAAGUGAGUUUCACCCGGGGCAGCCAAUAAGCCUGCGAUAGCAACAAUAAUACAGAAGGAGCGCACAAGAAAUCACCAGAGAUCGCACAAUGAAUCCGAUCAAGGCACAGACCACGGGCAGUCCCAAGAAAUUCAACGUAUUCGCACACGUCAAGUACGAGCAUUUGGUCGCCGGCGUAUCCGGCGGAGUGGUGUCCACACUCAUUCUACAUCCCCUGGAUUUGAUCAAGAUUCGAUUCGCAGUUAACGAUGGCCGGACAGCUACGGUACCGCAAUACCGGGGACUGAGCAGCGCCUUCACCACAAUUUUCCGGCAAGAGGGCUUCCGCGGACUCUACAAAGGCGUCACCCCCAAUGUCUGGGGAUCGGGCUCCUCUUGGGGCCUGUACUUCAUGUUCUACAACACCAUCAAGACAUUUAUCCAAGGAGGAAACACGACCAUGCCAUUGGGCCCCACGAUGAACAUGCUUGCAGCCGCUGAGUCCGGAAUUCUCACCCUGCUGCUGACCAACCCCAUCUGGGUGGUGAAGACGCGUCUCUGCCUGCAGUGCGAUGCCGCGAGUAGUGCCGAGUACAGGGGCAUGAUCCACGCCUUGGGCCAGAUAUACAAGGAGGAGGGAAUGCGUGGCCUGUACCGCGGCUUUGUUCCCGGCAUGUUGGGCGUCUCCCACGGAGCCAUCCAGUUCAUGACCUACGAGGAGAUGAAGAACGCCUACAACGAGUAUCGCAAACUGCCCAUCGACACGAAGCUGGCAACCACCGAGUACUUGGCCUUCGCGGCUGUCUCCAAGCUGAUCGCAGCGGCGGCCACCUACCCGUACCAGGUGGUGCGGGCACGGCUGCAGGACCACCAUCACCGCUACAACGGCACCUGGGACUGCAUCAAACAGACUUGGAGGUUCGAGGGCUACAGAGGUUUCUACAAGGGGCUGAAGGCGAGUUUAACCCGAGUAGUGCCCGCCUGCAUGGUCACCUUCCUGGUGUACGAGAACGUCUCGCAUUUCCUGCUCGCCAAGCGGAAGCAAAUUGAGACCAAUAAGGAUGCGUCGGACGUGUGAUUUUCCUUUGGUUGGAUUCCUUUUAGGCUUUUAAGAUGCAUAUAUCACCUCACGACAUUUCCAUAUGUCUCUAUAGUCAGCGGGCAGUUGCAAUCGUGCUGAGCAUGCGCAGCUGCUUUUAGUUUAAGUUUAGUUAGAUGUUGCCGAAGACUUAUUUGGUCUUUUCCUAGUAAGUAAAGUGAUUGUUGUUCCUAAGUGUGGAUCAGAAUGGAUCUGUGAUUGGAUUCUGACGAAAGUGUUACAAUAAACCGGUGAAAUAUAAGUCCAUAGCCUCACUCUUGCAAAUAAACCAAAUCUUUGUGAACCAAA